AAAAUUCGAAGAAAAACACCUAAACUUUUAGAUCGAAGAAAUAUUUCUUUAUUUUUUUUUGUCUCUUUCAUCUAUGUUCUUUCUCUCUUUCCCUCUCUCUCUUCUUUCGUAGAGAAUAGAUUCCGGAGAAUGGGACUCGUUAAGCCUUUGAUCCUUGGCACGGUGAAAAAUCAACCGCGGGAAAUAUUCAUAGGAUUAUCCACGCGUUAAACGUGUCCCUCCUUUUUCUGACCCUUUGCACUCGGAUUUGCUUUAUUGUUGGAAAUCGGCCAGCCGGAAUUAAUUCGAAUUCGUCCAACCAAAAAACUAUACGGGUAACGUCGACUGAUAUUACUUUAUUCUGAUAAAUUCUUUUGUCUUUAUAUGUAUAUAUUAAUAAUACGUUUAAAUUUGUAAUUUUAUCUAUGGUAAUUUGAGAUUAAAAGAAAAUAAAAUUUAAAAAUAAAAAAGAAUAUUUGAUUAGUUGCACUUUUAUAAUAUCAUUUUAUUAAUAAUGAAUUUAUAAAAUUAAUUGAAAGAGUAGAAUUAUAUAAAGAAAUAUUCGUUAUUUCAUUUUAUUAACGAUAUACAUAUAUGCAUGCAUAUAUAUAUAUAUAUAAGUAAUAAAAGUUAAAAAUUGUAAGAUGAAGUAGUAAAAAGGACGAUAAUGAUCUAGUGAGAUGAUAUAAGUUGAGAGUACUCCGUCUUUUUCUAUCUCUCGGUCUUUCUCUUAUAACACUUGCGUUUAGAUCGAAACUUCUCUGGCGUGGGUCGAGAAAGUUUUCACUUACCGAACGAAAGAUAAACUCCUGCGAAAUUUUUUGUUUCACGAGCGACAUCGGCAACGGCGGUGGCAACGGUAGCUCAUUAAAAAUAAAUAUUGAGUGAAGUCGGGAGGGAGGGUGUAGGAUGGAGAUAUCGAAACUUGUCCGUGACUUAUCGAUCUUGCGUUAUAGCGAAAGAACCUCUUGGAAGAACUUAAUAUUUUCAUAACGAAGCCUAGUAACAGUCGGGAAAGUUUAGAUAAUGGAAGCUUACUAUACGAGAGAAAGAGAGAGGGAUAGAGAGGGUGGGGGAGGUAGGGAGAGGAAGAGAGAAAGAGAAAAAUAAAAAAGAAAGUAGUUAAUUGAAUCAUGGAUAAGCGAAAUUCCAUUUUACUUAAAUACGUUUUUACGCGAUCAGAAGAAUUCAAAAAAGAAUUAGAAAGAAAAAAAAAAAAGAAAAAAAGAAGAACUGACGGAAAAAUAUAAGAGAAAGGAAGAAAGAAAGAAAAAAAAAUAAGAAGUAAGAAAGAUCACUAUUAGGAAGUAUAAAAGAAGUAAAAUUAAUCAUGAAUGGGAAAAAUACGGUAAAGUUAGAUAACGGGAUGUUACAGCCUCGUAUUUUACUUUAUCUCAUUCUCGCACAAUUUUUCUUGCAAUUCUUUACCUCGGUAUACCUCUAUACGUACGUAGUAAGUGUAGAAAGUGAGCUUCGAAUAAUCAGAAGUGGAGAGUGUGAGAGAUCUCAGGAAAAUGAAAAGUUUAUUCGACGAAGGCGAAGCAGCGCAUUACCAACAACGGGAGACAAUGCGGUUUCUGACAUAUCCAGGAUUCGAGAGGAUAAAGAGCUCGCGAAGGAAUCGAAAAAGGUAACCGCGCCACCGAUUGCAUUAUCAGGCUCUUCAUCUUCCCCGACUGCUCCUGGCGGCCAAGAUUGGGUUUGGUUAAAUGCCGAUACUCGGAUACAGUUCGAUGCGAUAGAAAACUUUUGUCGUUCCUCGACAAAGUAUUGUCCACCUGGUCUUCCUGGCUCACCUGGAAAUCCUGGCCCACCUGGUUUGCCUGGUCUGCCUGGUGUACCAGGUACACCUGGACCAGAAGGACCUCCAGGAUUAGCAGGACUUCCUGGAAUCAGAGGGCCAAAAGGUGAAAUAGGACCACCUGGUAUAGAUGGAAGAGAUGGUAUUCCAGGUGAACCAGGCCUGGAUGGUAUACCUGGACGUAGUGGUCUCGAUGGACUUCCCGGAUUAAAUGGUAAAUCAGGAGAAGAUGGUAUACCAGGAUUUCCUGGUAGAAAUGGAACGGAUGGAAGACCAGGUCAACCAGGUCCUCAAGGGCCACCGGGACCGCGCGGAGAUAUUGGUCCACCAGGACGACCAGGAAUGUCUGGACAAGAUGGAAAACCUGGAAUAUCUGCUUGGAAAGUUCAUAUGAAUGAUUACAAUGUUAAUGAUUUGUUAAUACCACCGUCUAUUUUAGAAGAUAAUAUCGUAUCACGGAAUGGAACUGAAUUGAUUACCUUAAGAGAAGGUAGUAAUGUAAGAUUGAGAUGUGCAACGAGUGGAAGACCACCACCUGUUGUUCAAUGGUCUAAGACAGAUGGUACUGUUAUACCUUUAGGAUCUUGGCAUGUGACUUCCGUAAUAGGCAACACGUUUAAUAUAAGCGUAGUGAAUAGGGAACACAUGGGUGAAUAUACAUGCGUUGCAGACAAUGGAAUACCGCCUCGAGCAUCUAAAAAGUUUAAACUUCAAGUUAGAUUUCCACCCUUUAUCCGCAUACGUAAUCAAUUGGUCCUCGUGCGAAGUCAGAGUACAGCUAUCUUAGAAUGUGAAGUCGAGGCAUUUCCGGAGCCAACAGUUCAUUGGGAACGUGUCGAUGGUCGACGUUUGAAAAUGUCCGACAAAUAUCGUAUGGAAAUUUAUGAGAGAAGAGAUUACAAGUUUAAAAUGCGUUUGAAGAUCCUUCGAGUUUUAUCGAACGAUCACGGUACCUAUCAUUGCGUUGUGAAAAAUGAUAUCGAUGUUACGAAAGGUUCUCUCAUAAUCGAUGACGAUAUCAAAAACAUGGAUAGAUAUAAAUCUAAUAAGCAACAACAUGUGGUUUAUGGAGAACCCAUGCCACAGAAUAUCGAUUUAGAAGAACUAUGUCCACCCCAAGAAACUUGCCCUACAUGUCCUACCAUGAAAUGUCUAUAUACCGACAUAGACGGCUACGUAAAUGUUCAGCCUUUACGGAACGUUAAUUUCACCGGAUUGCCGUCAAGAUUAGUAGAUGGUGUAAUAGAAGCAGUGGGCAAGCCAGUGUUGAAGGGAACUAUGGACGAUCAUUAUGGCAGUUGGAUGCACGAUCCGUCUCCAAGGUUCGAUGGAAUUUCGGAUAAGCAUUGGAUUACACGAAAGAACGAAACAUCUUAUAUAUUGGAAUAUAAAUCCAAAGAACAUUUUAAAAAUAAGACACCACAAAAAAUUGAAUUACCAUAUCCAUUUCAGGGAAACGGACAUAUAAUAUACAAUGGAUCAUUUUUCUACAAUCCUAAAAAUCGAUCGUCAAUAUUUCGAUUCGAUCUUUACCAUGGUCAAGGAUGUGAUAUAUUUUUUUCGGCGUGCGAAUUGCAACUACCUGGUUUAUACGUUAACACUAACAACUAUCUUUACACUCCUAAUCAUAAUUUUAAUUACGUGGACUUCAACGUUGACGAAAAUGGUUUAUGGGUAAUUUAUGGAUUACCAUCCAAUAAUACGGUCGUGAUGAAAGUGGGUGCUACUGAUCUCAGUCUUCAAUAUGCAUGGAACAUCAGUAUCGAUCACCAUAAAUUUGGAGAAAUGUUUAUUGCUGGAGGAGUUUUAUAUGCUGUUCACAGCGUAACGGAUGAAACCAUGAAAAUUCGAUUAGCUUUAGAUUUAUACAAAAAUUCAACAGUGGAUGUACAUUUAUCCUUCUCCAAUCCAUAUCAUAAAACUACAGCUGUCAGCUAUAAUCACAAAACGAAGGAAUUAUAUACAUGGAACAAAGGAAAUUUAUUAGCUUAUCCUGUAAAAUAUCAAGGUCUCAUUAAUGUUACACUAAAAGAGGAACUCAAAGAUACGGACAACGUCUAAUAAAUUAAUUUUAAAUGCUAACUGUGAUAGUCCAUCUUUGAUCGAUAUCAGUUUGCUAAUUUUUAUAGUAUAACAAUGUAACCAAAAAAUAUCUAAUUAGGAAGAUACAAGUCAUCUAAAAUAUCUAUAUAAACUAUAUUUAAGUCUGUUCAUUCAUUCUUCACUAUGCGACUUCAGUAACAGAUAUCGACAAAGUUGUACUUUCGUAAUUCGUGUUUUACAUAUUUUACCGAUACGAGAGAAAAGGACAUUUUCUUAUUUCUUUUAAUGCAGAAAGAUUCCACAAACUCUCGUAUAAAAAUCUAUAUCAAGAAUCUAGAGAAGAAGAAGAAAAACGAAAUGAAAAAAACGAAGAAACUGAUAACGAGGAGGAAUAGGUACUUUGAUGAUCGUACUAUUUAACAAAAAUCAAAAUACAUAAAUCAAUGUCAUAAGCUCAAUUUUCUUUAUUAAAAGAAAGAAAUCUAGUUGAGGGCUAUACCCAAGAGUCCCAUCCGAGAACAGAACAUAAUAAAUAUCAAUAAAUAAGAAUAAAUACUUAUUAAUAAGAAUGAAUAUAUAUAUAAAUAAGAAUAAAUAAAAAUUAAUAAGUAUAAAUAAA